AUGAAUACCAGGGCCAAUCAGAGGGACGCCGAUCCCGCGCCAGGCCUCGGAACCGUCCCCGAUCACAUCCGCAGAUCCGUCUUCAUCCUGAAGGAUUACGUCCAUCGGACGGACCGGGAGCCCAUCGUCGGACUGGACUAUGUCCUGGAAUACAGGCUGCAGGACCAGGCGGGGAAGUCUGAAACCAAAUAUUUCUGUGAGAUCUGCGAGAUGGACAGCGACCUGAUGACCAUGAUGGAGCACCUUGGAUGCUACAGACACCGCAAGCUGUACCUGAUGAAGGCCUACCCCUACGUACUCAAGGCCCCAUCCAGCAGCAAGGAGGACCGAACGCAGUUCAUGAGGAGGAUGGCCAUGGAGAUCGAGAGAGAAGAGGGGACCAAGAUGUACAAGAGCGACCCCACCGUCCGAAUGACACCAAUGAAGUCAAAAAACACACAGCAAUCCAAGCGAAAAUCAAGGUGGGACUAUGAAGGAGACAGACAAAAGAGGAUGAAGAAAGCGCUGGAAUAUCUGGAUUCGUUUGAGAUUGAUAAUGACAGCGAAGCAACUACUGUCACAAGGCUCACAGAGAAGCUGAUUGCUGAACUGAAGUAUCACUCAGACAAGUUAAAAGAGGAGGCUCUCUUCCCAGCAAAAGUGGCCAAGGCAAAGAAUAUAGCUAUGUCAAUAAUGCAGAAAGCUCCUAGACAGCAGAAUCCAGGCCAGAAAAAUCCAGGCCUUAAAGGAGCACCAGAAAACAUCAAACAAAAUAUGGCUAUGCCAGGUGGUCCUCAACCCACAAGUGACAGUCGGUACUGGCCUCCCAACCCUGCUUUUCCACAAAGGCCACAUGGGAUGGAAAACCCUCAAAAUGCCAAGUUUAAUUCAGAACCGCAGACUGGGCAAGUUCCUGAGGAAAGCAAGUUUUUCAAGAAAUUGAAGUCCUUGCUUUCUGCCGUUCCACAGAAUUCCACACAAGUGCCAGACGAUGAACAGAUGCAUUCAAAAUUAAUGAUGUUAAAAGCCUUGUUAUCUGAUAAGCGGGCAAGUUUACAGAACACACAGGGAAACCAGUUACCGCUGCAGGGUACCUCUAUGAUGCAGGACAUGGCAGGAACAGAAAAUGUAUUUAUGAAUCAGCAUAAUGCGAAUAUGGGGCAGUUCGGUCAAAAUGUAAUGAUGCAGAUGGCCUCCAUGGCACAAAAUGCACCAGCCAAUCAGAAUUCACUAAUGCAAAUGGCGGCAUUACUUCAAAACAGACAGAUGAAUGCAUUUUUGCCUGAAAACCAGGACAUUCAAAACCAAGAAUAUUUUCCUAUGGAUAAUAGUUCUGGGAUGCCGAUGGACCAGAGCGCUUAUCAGCAGCCGUAUAUGGAACAGCAACCUGGGUUUCCUAACAUACCCCAAAGCCAAGAAGGUUUUGGCUAUGAUGAUCCAAUGGCAGGAAACUAUGGGAACAAUAAUAUGGGUCAGUACAAUGACUUUACAUCUGAGCAAGCCCCUUAUACUAGGGUUUCUCUGUCCCCUAGUAAACAGAGAUCAGAAGGUGAGAGGUUUCGAGGUAACAGUUAUGAUCGCGACUCAAGACAAGAAUACAGAUCACAUGAGAGCAGAUCCAGAGAUGGUGGACGGAGUGGAAGGUCGCUUGAUGAACCUGCAUGGGCAGAAAGGGAGCGCAACAUGCCUUACGGCAAGCGCACUAGACUGGGCAGUGAUCAUACGCCAAAAGAAAGCACAGACGGGAAGAAGCGCCGUUCUGAUGAUCGCGGCUCCCUAGAUAUGGGGGCAGGUAACUUGUCGGUAGAUCUCCUGAAAAGGAUUCGAGGAAAAGACUUGUUUACGGUUUCUGCAAUUCUCAGUGAAUAUGCAGAUGGUCAAUAA